GUCUGAGGCGCAGACUACACUGCACAUAGCAAAGCAGUGAGCAUACAUUGGCGUCGUCGGACGUCGGUCGUCCGUCGUCCGUCCGCCGCUAGUAGACCAUGUAAUGUAAACAUUAGACGAUGGAGGAAUGCAUUUAGACAGUAGGUGCUGACUGCUGGUAGUGAAUAUUAUCAUGUGCGGUGAUAACGUGGCGGCGCGGCGGCGGGGAUCAGUCAGAGCCGCGGGGUCGCGUGGUGCGGUCGCUUGUGCACUCUGUAGUCGCAGUGACGUGCGCCGCUGCUCUGUGUUCGCGCUCGCGUACGCGCCGCAUUCCAUCGUGGGGGCCCUUCGCCGCCAUUGGCCGAUCCCGCGUGACGUCACACCUCGUAAUGAGGUAUUCAACAUGGCCGUAUAGCUAGUUCGCGAGUGUGCUUCGUUACACGUUUGAAUGGAUUUAAUCAGUGAAAUAUGCCAAGGAGACGAAACGGUGAGAUACCCUUGCCCGACGGAUGGGAUUACGCGAGGGACUUUGACGGGAAACUCUAUUUCAUCGACCACAAUAGCAGAAAAACGACGUGGAUCGACCCGCGAGACAGAUACACAAAGCCGCAGACAUUCGCGGACUGCAUCGGCAAUGAGCUGCCAUUGGGCUGGGAAGAGGCGUACGAUCCUCAGAUCGGGCCCUACUACAUCAACCAUGUCAAUCAGGUGACGCAACUGGAAGACCCGAGGCUAGAAUGGCUGAGCGUGCAGGAAGCCAUGCUGAGGGACUACCUCCACACAGCGCAAGAGGCGCUCGAGGCCAAGAAGGAGAGAUACGAUGUAAAGAAACAGAGGUUGUGUUUAGCCCAGGAUGAGUACAAGCACUUAAAUAAUGCUCUGUCCACCCUCGCAGCCUCCAGGACUAGUCUGUGUUCAUCGACGACGUCAAUGACGACGACGUCGACGACGUCACGUCACGACCCGGAGUUGUUGCGCGCGGAGGUGACGCAGGCACGAGGGAGAGUUGCGCAGCUGCGCAAGGAGCUGCGACAGGCGAGGGCUGAGGUCGCCUGCGCAAGACGGGGAGUGGAUACUCUAGCUGAAGUGGAACAGAAGUUGAGUGCUCAACAAGGAUGUUACAACAUCACCGAAGCUCAGGCGAUUAUGACUGAGCUGAAGAAUAUCCAAAAAUCUCUGACCUCUGGUGAGAAGGAGAGGGCUGACCUCAUGCAGUCGCUAGCCAAGCUCAAGGACGAUCUAACGAGACUGCAGCUAGGCGAGGCAUCCCCAGACCUUUCAACCCUUAGCCUUCCUCAGGAGAAGCUCAGCACCGCCUCCCAGACCGAUCUGUGCGCUGAUCUAGUACCUAUAGGUACAAGAUUAGCUGAAAUGGCGCGGGUACGCCUACAAUAUGACGAAGCGAGGAAGAGGAUACAGCAAAUCCAGCAGCAACUCGCUGACUUGGAAGACAAGGUCCAACCUGGACAGGCGGAGUCUGACAAAGACCGCUUAUUACUCUUCCAGGAGAAAGAACAGCUGUUAAGAGAGUUGAGGAGUAUAACUCCACGCACUAGGUCUAAACAGGAGAUGAGCGAAAUACAAACCGAAUGCAAGAGGCUCGAGCAGGAUUUGAAGAAUGCUUUCGAGAUGUCGAAUAAGUGUAUAGCAGACCGACUUAAGCUUCACGAGGAAAAACAGCUCUUAUUACAACAGUUGAAGGAUGCUUUGACCUCGAUGACGACACUCGAGGGUCAGUUGAAGACGUUGUCAGCAAGCACGCUGUCCGUGUCCAGCAGUUCGAGCUUAGGGUCCCUGUCGACUGCUAGCAGUAAGGGUUCAUUGAGUUCUGGAAUCAGUUUCACGGAUAUUUAUGGAGGUCCGCAAAUCGCGUCCGCAUUUCAAGCAGACAAGCCUAUCGAUAUGGUAGAUCUUCACAGGAGAGUUGAGAGGUUGCUUCGCGGCUCAACGUACCCGACGGACAGCGUGACGCCUGGAGCGAGCAGUUCUCCUUCCCAACCCUCGUUGUCUCCAAGAAGUAGUCUGUCUUCAGCCAGUCCGCCGCCGCCACCGCCUUCCUACAAUCAAGUGGAAAGGCAAAGGCGGCAACAGCGGGAAUUAGAAGAGAAAUUGGCAGAAAUGAGGAUAGGUGUCGCUACUGGUUUGAAUGAAGUCACCGGAUUGGCUACAAUUCCAGUGCAGCUGCAAGGCCCGGGCCGGCCGUGCGAGCCGCUGUCCCCGAUCUCGGAGACGCCCCCGCCGCCGCUUUCGCCCCGGACUCCCUCGUCUAGUGGAACGAACACUAGAUCAGUGUCGGCGGCAGUGAGCGACGAGUCGGUGGCGGGAGACUCGGGGGUGUUCGAGGCGGCGCAGGCGGCCAGCGACCCCUCCAACGCGGUGAACAGUGCCCAAAUUGAGAUCAAAUUGCGCUACUGUUCGGAGGAGGGCGAGCUGGAGAUCGGCAUCCUGCGCGCGCGCAACUUGCACGCGCUAUUCAUCGAUAUCGGUACUGAAGUGUCGGUAGUGGGCGGUCUGCUGGUGGGUGGCGGUGGGGCGGCGUGGCGCGGCGCGGGGCGCGUGUGGCGCGGCGGAGCGCUGGCGCUGCGCCACAACCACCACGUGCCGCUCACCGGCAAGGCCCUGCGCGCCGCCACGCUGCAAGUCAACCUCGCCGCAGGACCUGACUGCCUGGGCUGCGUGCAAGUCAGCCUGGCUGACUUCGACCCGGAGUCAGUGUCGCAGAAGUGGUACAACGUGUUAAGUUUCCGUUCGAUGAGACGAGACGAGAGCUCGGACGAGUCUACCGUCAUAUCGUCGCAAACCUCCACGCUUACUAGGAACAGAGGUCCUGAGAGUAUGACUGGUGCGGAUUGCAACGUUGACUGUGGAGACAAUUCGGCGUCAGAAGAUGAAGAGUCUAGAGAACCACUUAAUCAGAUAGUGGAAGAGGAUUCGUUUGAGGAUUACAUUCCCGAGGACAUAGGCCUAGAAGAAGAGUAUUUGCACCCCACAACAGCAGAGAAAGAGACCAACACCGAAUGCAACUUCUGUCCGGAAGGAGCGAGACAACUGCAUAGGAGGAAAAGUCAACAAGUGAACGCGAACCCGGAGGAACCGCUGGCAACAAUAAAGAGAUCUAAAACAUUCUCACCGCAACCGCAGAGCUUUAGCAAAGGGCAGUACAUUUGCAGACUGAACAGGUCGGAGUCGGACUCGUCGAUGUCGCUGUACGCGCGGCGCCCCGCGGCCCCGCCCGCCGCCGGCAUACCCUUCGACCGCAGCGUUAGGGAGCGACGCUCACUCAGGUGCGGGCGCGGGCGCGGGCGGGGCGCGCGGCGCGGGGGCGGGCGGGCGCGCGCGCCGCGCACGUCGCUCGACCUGGCGCUCGACCUGCGCGCGCAGCACACGCGCCUCGCCGACCUGCGCGCCGACAUACACAACCUCACGCAACUCAAAAAGAGGUUGGAAGAAGCUUGCGUGCGCGGGGACCCGCGCGUGGCGGCGUGGGUGGCGGAGGACGAAGCGCUGCGGCGGCUGACGCGCGCAGCCAGCGCAGGCGCAGGCGCGGGCUCGGACGCGGGCGCGGCGGGCGCCAAGGCCGCGCGCCGGCUCGCGCGCGCCGCGCGGGACGUGUCGCGGCUGCGGCGCUCGCGGCAGGGCGGACGCAAGCCCGACCUGCUCACCUUCAAGGAGAAAAUGGCAUUCUUCACUCGCACCAAACCGACGAUCCCCGUGCUCCCCGGAGAGGAAGGCGACGACAUCUCAGAGGACGACUGGGAAGAGGAGCUUGAGGAAAGACGAACACCAGACGGAAGGUCUUCAAAAACCUCGUACGAGCGUCGAGAGAACCAGCCGCAGAACGACAGCAAAGAGAACACAGUAGUCGAGUGCAAGAACCCCUGUCUCCCCCCGCAAUACGAUAGCGCGAUACGGACCGACGAAGCCAAGGAAACGGAAACUAAGACUGAUGUGAGGUAUGAGUUUGUUGUGGAUAGGACGUUGGGUGUACAGGUCUGAAUGGGUUUUGAAUGGAAUGUAUCGAUAUUGUGGACGAUUGUCGAUUAUUUUGGUAUCGAUAAAAAUCGUAUAAUCGAUUUGCAUUUUAUGCAGUAACAUUUUUAUUACAUCGAUUGUAAAAAUUAAGAAGUCUAUAAAAAUAUGGUUUAUAAUACAUCAUAUAAACAUUUCUAGACGAUACCAAAUAUGCGUGGGCGACAAUCGGCUACAAUCUAUCGAUUCAGAAUUAUGGCCUUUUGCAAAAUAUGGCACCAUAAAAAAAUUACAACUAACAUUUUUACUGUGAUUACUAUUGCCUAUUGAGAUUUCUGGAUCGAAGACUGAAGAAAAAUAUUAUCAUAUUAUGUUUAUUGGUAAAAUAUUAACACUGUUUGCAGAUUGUUACAAAAUAAUUUCUUUCAAAUAGAUAAAUAAUUGAUAGAUUACUUCAAUAUUACAACAUUAUUUAAGGAGAUUAAAAAAUAUAUUUUUGUAAAAGGUUGAGAAGAAAAUACAUCCAACAAAUGAUUUAAUCUAAUUCGAUACGUAAUUUAAAGUACAAUAGGGUAUAUAUUGAUGCUAUUUUUGAGAGAUUAUGACAUAUAACAACACCUUCAAAUUUUGUAACAAUUUGUACGCAUUCAACACAGUACGUAUAUGUGCAAAUGUAGUGCCAUAAGAUUUCAUUAUAAAGAAUCUUAAUAUGUAUACCUUUUAUACCAUUCAUAUAUUGUACAAAAACAAAUUGUGCUUUAAACUUGGUGCCUGAGAGCCUUCGAUUGUGCCAUACGAAGGCAUGAAGUGAGGGGAGAAAUAUAGGUACAAAAUAGUGUAUACGGGGAGUCACAAAA